AUUUCAGGUCAUAGAAAUAUUACUUACCCCUAAUCAUCUCUUGGGUUUUUUGAGGUUUUUGAAAUCUAAUGUCUCAUUGUGCUAUCAGCACUGCACCUUGUCAUCCCUAUUUUAUCCUUCCUCUUUUCUCAGUUUCUCUUAGGCAACAUGGAUUACUAAACUAAUCAUUUGUUAUUUCCUUCCACAUUGCUCACAUGAUGCUAAAUUGGCUUGGAUAUCCAAAUAGGGUUCUGAAGCUGAUGAGGUAUCGGUGAAGACUUCAGUCCUUGCAGAGCUACAGCGUAGAGUUCUAAAGGCUGAGGCUGCUCUGAGGGAAAAGGAAGAGGAAAAUGACAUCCUCCAACAACGGCUGCAGCAGUAUGAGAGUCGGUGGUCUGAAUAUGAGGUAAAGAUGAAGUCAAUGGAAGAAGUAUGGCAGAAACAAAUGAAAUCCCUACAGUCCAGUCUCUCAAUUGCAAAGAAGAGCCUUGAAGUUGAUGAUGCUGCUGCAAGAUCAUCUGAUGCCUCAGCCAGUGUGACUGAUGACAGAGAUGACAGUUCAGAACUUGCAAGUGACAAUAACAAGGGACAGGAGAGCAAUGGGGUGAGAUCUGGUUCAUGGGCAUUGAAUAGAGAAAUGAGUGCUGGAUUUAGUGUUAUCACUCGGUUAGCAGAAGAAUUUGAGCAGCGGACUCAGGUAUUUAGUGAUGAUGCCAAGUUCUUAGUGGAAGUGAAGUCAGGACAGGCAGAGGCCAGUAUAGACCCAGACCAAGAGUUAAAGAGGUUGAAGCAGUCGUUUGAAUCGUGGAAGAAGGAUUAUGCGUCAAGAUUACGGGAGACAAAGGCAAUUCUACAGAGGUUUGGAACUGACACAUGGAGUGUUGAGAAGGUAAAAAAGAAGUGGUGGGAAAGGAGAAACAGUGUGAGGUUCAAUUAAUUCUGAUUCAUAUUUAGGUUAUCAGUAUCUCGAUUUGAUUGCUCUUCCAUUGGAAUUGAUUGAAAAGAAAAAUGUGUCAGACAUUUUUG